AUGCCAAAAGCUCAUAGUCCAUCCUGCCCUGAUGCCUUCAAUCCCGUGCCUGAUGCAAUGGGUGUGCGUAGGACAUCAACCCUCGGCUCGAGUCCUGAUAGUUAUUCUGCCGCUCUGAACGCUCUCCCCGACUGCCCAUCGGUAGGACGCAGCCCCGGCGCAUUGCGAGCCCAUCGAAACACGAUCUACAGACCAAUCCGGAUCGAGGAUCUGCCCCUGGACAGUGAGGACGCUGAGGUGGUGGGGAUCAGGAGGCUUGCUGUGAAAGGGUCCACAGUGGCCAGGCGAUCGGAAAGCCACUGCGUCGACAUGAGUGUGGAAAAUUCCAUUUCCGCAGAGCUGGCCGUCGAUCAGCACUUUAAGAAAUCGCUCGGUCCGCUACUUGAUAUGGCGACUCCCUGUUCCGGGCUUUUCCCGCUCGUCAAGCAAACAUCUUCUCUCGUCUACGUUCCCUCUGCUACCACCUUCUCGAAUCGCCCUUCUUUUGCAACCCUAAACGGAGACGGACCGAGCCCCAGAGCCACACGUGACCUUUUCCCAAGUGAGUAUGAAAUGUGGCCUUAUUUAUUAGCUCGCAUAAGUUCUGCUUUUAGUCCGUUUUAG